ACCAUUACGUCUACAAACAGAGGUUUGGGUUUGAACAGAAAGGUGGUCUAGGGUCUAGGCGAAUGUUACGAUCUGUUUUAUCACGUCACGAUAGUUUAUGACUCCAGACGUUGGCAAAGCAUCUGAUAAAAGUUCUCACAUUUACAGUUUUUGUCACAGCAAGUAAUUAUCACUCCAAUAUGCACACUGAGUGAAUUUAGUUUUUGAACGUGCAACCAAGGUUUUAUAAUUUAGUGCAACAUUAUAUAUUAACAUAAUAUGGAUUCAAUGUUGUGUUCUUGUAGUAUCAUUUAUAAAGCAGAUUUUUUUGGCAAAGUGAACUUUUAAGACUGAGACAGUAAUUAAAGUACAAAUUUAUAGUGAAAUGUCAACAAAGGCUGUGAUUUUACUAAUGUGUUUUAAUUCAAUAAAAUCAUCACAUCAAGAUAAAGACCAUAAGUAUUCUCCAAAGGUCACUCUUUUGGAGCCGAAUGGAUUCAGUGUAACGAUUGAAGGUUUGAGACAUGAUUAUCAAGAGCGGCAAAAAAGACAAAUACAAAGUGCUAUCAACCUCAAUGAAGUGUCUGAAGGAAAAUUCGGCAGCAACAAUAAUACAAAAAACAUUUAUAACAAACCAUUUACUCAAGUGAAGGAAAUAAAUAAGUUGAUGGGAAAUCAAACUGUUCUUAUAAGAGGCAGACUCCACCAGAGUCGAGCUAGGGGUAAACAAUGUUUUGUGAUCCUUCGACAACAAGACAGAACGAUUCAGUGUUUUCUCCGUGCAGAUGAAGUUAGCAUUAGCCGAGAUAUGGUCAAGUUUGUCUCAUGUAUCAACAGAGAAUCCAUAAUCGAUAUUGUUGGACAGGUUCAAGUUACUUCUUCAGAAAUUAGGUCUUGUACUGAGAAAUUUAUAGAAAUUCUUAUCAAAGAAGUUUGGGUUAUAAAUGAGGCGGAUAUUUUGCCCAUACAAGUCAUCGACUGCAUGAACCCAGAUAUAAAGGAAGAAAUAGGGAAGCCAAGAAAGGAGGGGUUAAUUCAUGUCAGUUUGGACAAGAAGUUGGACUACCGAGUGUUAGACUUGAGGACACCCACAAAUCAGGCAAUAUUUAGAGUGGUAUCAGGAGUGAGUCAAACAUUCAGAGAAGUUCUGAGUAAGAAAGGCUUUAUUGAGAUUCACACUCCGAAAAUAAUCAGUGCUGCCAGUGAAGGGGGUGCCGAUGUAUUCAGCGUGUCUUAUUUUAAAACUUCAGCUUAUUUGGCUCAAAGUCCGCAGUUGUACAAACAAAUGGCAAUCGCUGCAGAUUUCAAUAAAGUAUUUACAGUCGGUGCUGUGUUUCGAGCAGAACAAAGUGAUACAGCCCGUCAUCUUACAGAAUUCGUCGGCUUGGACUUUGAAAUGGCUUUUAAAUACCAUUACAGCGAAGUGCUGGACGUCUUAGAGGAUACAUUCAUCGAAAUGUUUGAAAUCCUACAAAAGAAAUACAAACAUGAAAUCAAGGUUAUCGGGGAACGCUACAACUCUAGUCCACUAAUAUUUGUCAAACCCUCUCCAAGGCUCAACUAUUCAGAAGGAAUUUCUAUGCUUAAAAAUGCAGGAGACAAUAUUGAAGAAGGUGAUGAUCUCUCUGGGAAACAAGAGAAAUUGUUGGGGGCUUUAGUUAAGAAAAAAUAUAAGACAGACUUUUUUAUCCUGGAUAAAUUUCCUCUUUCCAUACGGCCUUUCUACAUCAUGGCAGAUCCUGAAAUUCCAAGGUUAUCAAAUUCUUACGACGUUUUCAUCAGAGGGGAAGAAGUAAUGUCAGGAGGACAGAGGAUCCAUGAUGUUAAUAAUCUAAAAGAAUCUGCUCUACGUCAUGGGGUAGACCUGGAGAAGAUCAAAGCUUAUGUAGAAGCGUUUCAGUAUGGCUGUCCUCCUCAUGCAGGAGGAGGUAUUGGACUAGAGCGAACAGUGGCCUUGUACCUCGGGUUGGACAAUGUGAGAAGGGCAUCCAUGUUUCCAAGAGACCCAAAAAGAUUAACUCCGUAAAGAUCUUGCAAGUGAUGGUUUAUUUCAAAGAUGUCCCGAAAGAGUAUUGAUUCAAUUUUAUUCUGAACUGCUGUAGCCUAUUAAAACAGCUAUAUCUUUUUUGUUAAAACUUAAUGAUUUUAUAAGGUAAGGUAACAUAGCCUAGUAAAUUUCAAAAAGAUUAACAUAACUAAGAGAAAUAUUUGAUUUGAUUUCAGCUUUUUAGAUAUUAUUCAAGAGUAUAGUGAUGUGAUAUUGUUUGCUAUAGUAAUAAUAAAAAUAUUAAUUUUGCUACCAU